CCUUUGAUUUGUAACCGCCACUGUUAGCUGUUAGUAGUUCACUGUACGUACUCAGUAGCGAUCGUUAAAUUUUAUUUACUUUAACUAAACUACAUUUUAUAUGGAGGCAGUUGAAAACGUCAGAAUUGUAGACGAAUCAGAAGAUGCAGAAGCUGAACAUACCGUUACCGAUGAAGAUAGUGAGAGUGUGGAUUUAGCCGAGGUUAUAUCGCCUACUUUCGGUUUCACUGAAAAAACUUGGAGAACUGAUCUUUGUCUUGUUGUUGAAGGAACAAAGCUUUACGUCGCAAAGGUGAUUCUGUCACUUGCAUCACCAGUAUUUGAUGCAUUGUUUCAAUCCGAUUUCAAAGAAAAGUCAAGUGACGAGCUAGAAUUGCCUGGGAAGAAACUAAGGGACGUCUUAGAAUUCCUUCGAUGUAUUUACCCGAACAAAUGCGCCCAAAUCAAUCGCGACAAUGCUAGGGCAAUUCUUCCCAUUUUAGAAGAGUACCAGGUCCUACAGCUUAAACCAAGAUGUGAAGUAGUUAUACUUGAGACUGUUACAGAAGAAACAUCGACGGAUGAAUUAUUACAGUUAUUGAAGGAGGCAUGUUUGUAUGAUCUUAAAGCUUUACGUGCAAGAUGCAUAUUUCUAAUAUCAUCUAGACCAUGUGAUGCAUUGGAUGAAAGUUACUGUAAGUCGUUCCCUUCCGCAAGUGCAUUAAAUGAGAUAUUUGUAGAUGUUAAUACAUCAAUGAAGAGAAAGUUAGCAGAGCUAGAAGAAGACACCAAGGAAAAUGAACUCUUUAAGCAGUACAUUACUUCAGAAAUAAGGUCUAGGACAGAUUUUAAAUGUGAUCCUAAAAAACAUUGGGAACAGAAGACUGUAGUUCUGACAGAUCUUGGUUUUGAUAACUACUGUGAAAAUGAAGGAAUUGAACUGAAUAUGUGGGGUGUGCCCCUUAAGGUUAAGACAAGUGAACUUGGAUAUUCUGGUAGUUCUCCAUUUGGUACUAUGGCUCUUAAUGUUGAUGUAAAGAAUGUUGGUCCAAAUAAGAUCACCUGUGAUGUUAAUAUGCACAGUAUACUUGUAAACAGACAACCAAAUGGAAACAAUCUUGUCAAAUUUCAAGAAGGAGUGAUUAAAAAGGAUAGGCAAACUGUAUCAUUUGAAAUUGAAAGAAUAAGUAUAAUGAAGGAUUUUGAUAAUGGUUUCCUGGUAAACAAAAAGUUUGGCAUUAUUGCACAGCUGUUUAUGUCAAAACCAAACUUAGAGAGUCCACAGUAAUCUAUACUUAAUGUUGUGUAUGUUUCUUUAUAAGUACAGUCAGGAUUGACAGGUGUGAAAGAGCAAGACAGCUUUUUUAUAUUAAUAAAAUCUGUAGACAGACUGUAUAUUGUUAUUAUUUAUCUUGUUUACGGCUACCAACACAGAACAGAAUAUCUAGCCUGAGGGUUAUCACAGUUAAACAAGGCUUUGCCGAGUUUCUUUUGAACAGUUAGUUACCUGAGAGGAAUUAAGAGUUAUUUUGGUGAACCUAAUUUAUGAAGUAACCAGUGCAAGGGAUUUUUAGUCAACCUUAUAUUAAAUGAUAUGAUUAAAUGGGUAUAAAGGACUCUUACCUGCUAUAUUUUGUUGAUGCAAAUGUCAUAAAUGAAUAUGAAAUGUACUAGUAUUAAGAUGAAUUGCUAACUGUUUGAUAAAUUAAAUUUUAAGAAAAAAUACAAGCCUUAAUAAAAGACAUUGCAUCAUUUUUAUUGUAAAUUCAGUAACAACUUAAUUUUAUGACUUCAGAAACAAAUCAUUCAUUUAUAUCUGACUACACUGAAUACAUGUACAUGGAAAGUUUUCGUUUUCAAUUCAGCUGAUUUUAAGUUAAUACUUGUAAAUAUAUCAAUAAAGUAGAAAAUUGUUUUUAUUUACUAUUCUGCAAAUCAUGAUGUAUUCUUUUUUGUGUUCUCUUAUUUUCAUUAACAAUGUAAAGUAAUGUUAUUUUGUUUAUUAGCUCACCUGUCACAAAGUGACAGGGUGAGCUUUUGUGAUAGCUUUUCGUCUAGCGUCCGUCCUUCUGUCGUCCGUCCGUCCGUAAACUUUUACUUUAAAUGACAUCUCCUCAUAAACCGCUUAGCCAAUUUCAUCCAAACUUUACAGGAAUGUUCCUUUGGUGGUCACCUUUAAAAAUUGUUCAAAGAAUUUAAUUCCAUGCGGAACUCUGGUUGCCAUGGCAACCGAUAGAAAAAACUUAAAAUACCUUCUUUUAAAAAACCCAAAGAGGUAGAGCUUAGAUAUUUGGCAUGAAACAUCUUCUAGUGAGUUUAUAUCAAGUUUGUUCAAAUAAAAGCCCUGGGGUCAAAAUUGGCCCCGCCCCGGGGGUCAUUGAUUUUCCCGAUAUGCAUAUAGUAAAAACUUAAAAAUUCUUCUUUUAGAAAACCCUAAGAGCUAGAGCUAAGAUAUUUAGCAUGAAACAUCUUCUAAUGGGUGUCUACCAAGCUUGUUCAGAUAAAAGCCCUGGAAGCCCCAGGGGGUCAUUGAUUUUCCCUAUAUGCAUAUAGUAAAAACUUUAAAAAAAAACUUCUUUUAGAGAACCCAAAGAGCAAGACCUAAGAUACUUAGCACGAAAGAUGUUCUAAUGGGUGUCUACCAAAUUUGCUCAAAUAAGAGCCCUGGGGUUAAAAUUGGCCCUGUCCCGGGGGUCAUUGAUUUUCCUUAUAUGUGUAUUGCAAAAACUUUUUAAAAAAAUCUUUUUUUGAAAAAACCCAAACAGCUAGAGUUUAGAUAUUAAGCAUGAAACGUCUUCCAAUUAGUGUCUUAAAAGUUUGUUCAAAUAAAAGCCCUGGGGUCAAAAUUGGCCCUGCCCUGGGGGACAUUAAUUUUCCUUAUAUAUGUGUAUAGCAAAAACUUAAAAAUCUUCUUUGAAUAAAAACAAAUAGCUAGAGUUUAGAUAUUAAGCAUGAAACAUCUUCUAGUGAGUGUCUUCAAAGUUUGUUCAAAUAAAAGCCCUGGGGUCAAAACUGGCCCUGCCCUAGGGAUGUCAUUGCUUUUAACUAUAUGUGUAUAGUAAAAACUUAAAAAAUCUUUUUUUU